AUGAAAUUAAGAUAUGAAUUUGAAUUUAUCGAGGCUCGACGUUGUGCCUCAAAUCUAUUAUUUCUAAAUCCAGGAAAAUAUAAGCUUGAAGCAUGGGGAGCUCAGGGAGGUAAUACAUCAACUAAACAAGGAGGUUAUGGUGCAUAUGUGUCUGGAUUCAUAAAAUUAUCAUAUAGGUCAAAAAUCUUUGUAUUAGUUGGGCAGGGCGGUUUUAUCGCAUCAAAUCAAUUAACGGAAAAUUCGUGUGGUUUUGGAGGAAGAGGCUUCGAUAUAUCAGCAAGCGGCGGCGGAAUGACAUAUAUUGCUCUUGAUAUUGAUUCUCCCUCUAAAGCUUUGCUCAUUGCUGCCGGCGGUGGGGGUGCAUCACAUAACGUUUAUUGCAAUGUAUUAAACGAAGGUGGUCAUGCAGGAAUUCAAGCAGGAGGCAACGGAAAGAAUGGUGUAGCAUGUACAGAGUAUAAUAGAGUCACGGCUGGAGGCUUAGGAGCAACUCAAACAUAUCCAGGAACUAAUCCCCAAUAUAGUGAAUUAAAUGGUGAAAAAUUUUAUGGAGGAAAUCAAACAAAAAUAAAUGAAUUUGGUUCUGGAGGUGGUGCUGGAUAUUAUGGCGGAGCUGCUGGCAUCAACUAUGGUGCAUCUGGUGGUAGUGGGUCUUCAUGGGCUGCCGAUUUGCUUACCAAUAAAGUUUUGAUACCAGGCAAUGAAUCAAUGCCAUCUCCAUAUUUUGAAGGAAAUUUUAAUUUGAUUGGAAAUAAAGGGCAUGGUCAUGCUAGAAUUACAUUAAUAGGUAAUCUAAUUUCUUAUAAUUAUUAUGUCUUUCAAUCACUAUUGUCCAAUUUCUUUUCGAUUUAUCUUGCUUCGAUUUCAUAA